AUGAGCGGAUCAAAAUCCAAUCAAAAUGCUGCUACAUCAUCCAGAUCAACAGCACCAUCAAGUAUUCGCCAUCCACGACAACGUAUGGCACCAAACUACCUUCUCAUCUGGGUAGAUAACAGCAUCGACCAAGAAGACGAGGACUGCCAGAAUACACUGGUUCAAUUGAAGAAUGUGGUCAACGAUGUCAAAUUAUGCACGGAGUCGGAUCAGUGCAUCGAAGCACUCAACACGGUUGACAAGCAACAAGCCUUUGUCAUAACAUCAGGUUCAUUGGGCCAACAUCUGGUUCCUAAAAUUCAUGGCAUGCCACAGCUAGAUGCCAUUUACAUCUUUUGUGGCAACAAAUCCAGACAUGAGGAUUGGACUCAAAACUGGACAAAAAUCAAAGGUGUCCAUACAAACAUCAAAGAAAUAUGUCAAGCAUUACAAUUGGCUGUUAAGCAAUGUGACCAAGAUUCAAUUGCUGUAAGUUUUCUUACAGUAAAUGAAAUGGUUUCAACUGAUAAUUUAAAUCAGUUGGAGCCAACUUUUAUGUAUACACAACUAUUCAAGGAGAUUCUCCUUGAUAUCAAGUAUAAUCGCAAUGCAAUCAAGGACUUAGCAGCUUGUUGCCGUCAAGUUUUUACUGGCAAUCCAGUUGAAUUACAAGUGAUUAAUUAA